UCAAAAAUUGCAAUUCCCUGCUGCACCGAUGCAAUUUGUUGGGAAAUCCUGUUAGUUUGUUUUCUUGCUAACUGUUGCAUCCUUGCUCUGCAUGUAAUUGACAGGAUGAUAUGCACUAAUACAUUUGUCCCUUUACAACUUCUCUUCUUGCAACGUGCUAAUCUGAGCAUCAAGUGCCUCUGGACUUUGGAUGAUAAUGUUCCUUUCUUCUUUUUUCUGAGCAGAGAAAGAUGAGGCUUUGAACAGGAUGCAAAAAGAAGUCAUGAAGGCGUUGGAAACCAGGAAGCUGAAUGCCAGCAGUACACUGAACAUUGUGCCUGAGAAACUUUUACACAGCAACAUAACAAUGAAGGUCACCGUGAGGCAGAGAAACACCAAUUUAGGUGAACUCAACCCACACCUUUUGAAAUCGGUCCAGGAAUUAGAGAAAGAUGAGGCUUUGAACAGGAUGGAAAAAGAAGUCAUGAAGGCGUUGGAAAACAGGAAGCUGAAUGCCAGCAGUACACUGAACAUUGUGCCUGAGAAACUUUUACACAGCAACAUAACAAUGAAGGUCACCGUGAGGCAGAGAAACACCAAUUUAGGUGAACUCAACCCACACCUUUUGAAAUCGGUCCAGGAAUUAGAGAAAGAUGAGGCUUUGAACAGGAUGGAAAAAGAAGUCAUGAAGGCAUUGGAAAACAGGAAGCUGAAUGCCAGCAGUACACUGAACAUUGUGCCUGAGAAACUUUUACACAGCAACAUAACAAUGAAGGUCACCGUGAGGCAGAGAAACACCAAUUUAGGUGAACUCAACCCACACCUUUUGAAAUCGGUCCAGGAAUUAGAGAAAGAUGAGGCUUUGAACAGGAUGCAAAAAGAAGUCAUGAAGGCAUUGGAAACCAGGAAGCUGAAUGCCAGCAGUACACUGAACAUUGUGCCUGAGAAACUUUUACACAGCAACAUAACAAUGAAGGUCACCGUGAGGCAGAGAAACACCAAUUUAGGUGAACUCAACCCACACCUUUUGAAAUCGGUCCAGGAAUUAGGUAAGCUGAAACCUAAAGAGGUCCUGCAAAUCAAGUGGAAUGACACGUCUGAACUGAAAAAGCUGUACAUGCUGGCCAAUUUGCUACAGAUGGCACUCAGAGAACAAGUUACAGAAGACUUGAUAAGUUACAUUCUUAUCAUUCUGAAACAUGUCAGGGAGUCAAGCCAGCAAGACCGCUCUCUGCAUGAGGAAGAAACAGCGGCUCCCAGUACCACUACCACUACCACUACCACCACCACUACUACCACUAGCACCACUAGUCCCACUAGUCAGAGUUUGCUGCUGGAGGGUAUGUCCAGCUCUUCCCAAAAUGAACCUAGUGAAGGAAACUCAGAGCAGACAUCACAGAAUGCACCAUUAAUGUCAAAGGAGGCGCUGCUCAACCAGCUCACGCGUGGAACUCAGGAAGGUGGUGUGCCCCAAAUCCCAGGAGAUAACGCAGAGGCACUCCAAAUCCCAGGAGAUGACACAGAGGCCUCCCAUGAGACACACUGGGAGCAUCAUGAAGUGAAGACCACUGCUCGCCACAAGCUGAACAUCUUGCCCACUGAUGAUGACUACUUGCUUCAAGGGGACCUUUUUGAAGCUGAGCUGAACAAGCGGCUAUCGCCCCUUAUCCCAAACACACCAGUGAGGAACCUCAUAUCCCACACACUCCGUAUCCUCAAAAUGGACUGUACAGUGUCCAGGGUCCAGUUGGCCUGUGCUACGCUAAUCUCCAGAACAGGUCUCCUCAUGAAACUAUUCAGUGAGAGAGAAAACUUCAUGGAUAACUCCGCCUUGUGGAAGUCAUACUUCUUGUCUAUGAAGUACGUCUCCAACUUGGCCACAGGAAGUCCAAGAAAACUGGGGAAAUCUGAAAUUGGAAGCCAGGGAAUCCCAGAAUAUGGCUAUGGCAAAAAGCUGUUGUUUGCUAUUUCAGUGACUGCAGUGAUAAUAAUCAUCAUUUCAGUAAUUGGGCUGAUUGAGUCUUCCAGUGCAGGUUCUUCAAUGCUCGAUAAGCCUCUUUGGCUCAAGUAUAUGUACCAGCUUCUGGAUGAAGUACGGAAAAAGAGCAUGGUGGACAAAAUGCACGAUGAAGAAUCCUCUGAAGACGAGGAUAUAUUCAGCUGGGCAAGAGUUCCCGGAGCUCCACCAGGUCCACCAAGCCCAUCACCGGUAGAACAACCGCCUUCAAGAAGGCCCAGCUCAAGAAAAAUGACCUUUCUGUGCAGAAAGAAGAAAGGUGCAAAACGGUAUGAUGAAGAAUCUAAGAUCCAGACUUCUAAGACUUCGAAGGUCCAGGAUAUAUUCAGCGGGGCAAGGUCACAAAUGACUGCACCGUCCCCUGCUAGAAAGCCCAGUUCAAAGACACUGUCUGCACAUCCGUCCCUCUUUGCACCUCAGUCCGCACCUCCAUCUGUGCCUCCAUCAAUGCCCAUGUAUAUGUCUCCGUAUGUACCUCCAUCUGCAACUCCAUCCGUACAUCCAUACGUACCCCCAUCAGUAUCUCCAUCCAUCCAUCAAUCCAUACCUCCAUUCGAAUAUCAGUCCGUACCUCCGUCUGCACCUCACUCCGCACGUCCGUCUGUACAUCAGUCCGCACCUCCGUCCGCACCUCCCUCUGCACCUCACUCCGCACCUCACUCCGCACGUCCGUCUAUACCUGCACCUGUGGAAGGAGCUCCGCACACACCAUCACCAAAAUCAUCAUUGACAAAGCCCCCCAGUGAAGCUUCAAAACGAGGAUCGACGGCAGAAGGUGGCGCUAGCACAGAGUCAAAGAAAGCAAGUUGGGGUGCAGGAAGCGAAGCUGGAGGAAGCCAAGCUGGAGGAAGCCAAGCUGGAGGAAGUGAAGGUAGAGGAAGCGCAACGGAAGAAGAUUGACCUUUGUUCGCUUGUAAAUAAUGUUAUAUUAUCUGUAGAGCUCUGUAAAAAGUUCUGUUAUUAUUACUAUUAUAAUACUAUUAUUAUUAUUAAAUACAUAACUCCAAAAGA